AUGAAUUCAAAUGUAAGAACUAGUACUAGUGAUAGUAGAGCAACAGCAUAUCAUGUUGAAAAUGUGGUCGAAAACAAUUCGGAGUCAGAGCUGGUUAAGCUGAUGAGAAAAUUGAAUAAAGAACAACAGUGCAAGAAUAGAGAAUUUAAGUCAUGCAUUGUAAAUUUGAAUGAAAUGAUAAAGGGUAUUAAAUGCAAGGAGAACAAUAUAAGUAUAGGUUGUUUAUUACACAAUUCAGAGAAUCAUGAUAUAACAAAUUGUUUCAAGUUCAAGGGCUGUAAUAGCAAAGAAAGAUUUGAUAUGAUUAAGAGGAAUGCUAUAUGUUUUAGGUGUUUAAAGGGAUAUCAUUCAGCACAUGGAUGUAAAGUAGGCAAAUUGUGUAAUGUAGUCAUUGAAGGCCAAGGACCAUGUAAUCGGAAUCAUCAUCCACUUUUGCAUCAAGACAGAAUAGAAAGCAGUUCUCACAAUGCAGUAAUGGAGAAGAGAGGAAAAGCUUUGUUGAAUAUUAGUACGGUGCAUAGUAAAAAUCUGCCCGUCACUGUAUUGUGGGAUCCAGGUUCAGAUACUUCUUUAGGACUACCUGAACUUUUUGUAAGAAUCUCGAACUUAGAGGUGGAUCUUCCAUAUGGGGAAAUUGAUAUGCUCAUCGGUACAGAUUGUUGUGAAAUACUGCCAAGGGUUGUUGAACACAAUGAGGGUAUUCAGUUACUGGAAAAUCAAUUCGGGUUCAGCAUUCGAGGUAGACAUGACAAGAUUACCAAUGGAUCCAACACCAGCAAUCAUAUACUUGUAAGAACUCAUAUACUGUCUAGUCUCGUAGAUUUGAAGGAAAUUAAUAUAGAGUCCACAGAUAGCUUAAAGACUAAAUUGGACAAAUUCUUUGCCAUGGAGGAAAUGGGAACAAAAUGUAAGCCACAAUGUAUAAAGUGUAUGUGUCGAGGAUGUCCUGAACCUAAUUGCAUAAGUUUAAAGGAAGAAAGAGAACUAGCAUUGAUUGAGGAAGGAUUGUUAUAUAAUGAGGAACAAAAAUGCUGGCUAGCAAAGUAUCCAUGGCUAAGGGAUCCAAUGCAUUUGAAAGAUAAUAUUCAAGUAGCUAAUGCUAGAUUAAAAACAACAGAGAAUAGAUUGAAGAAACUUGGCAAUGAAUAUGCCAUGAAGUAUCAGAGAGAGAUAGAAGAUAUGAUUGAUAGGGGAGUGGUGAGGAAAUUAACCAAGGAAGAGAUGCGAGAAUACAAGGGUCCAGUUCAUUAUAUUCAUCAUCAUGAAGUAUUGAAACCAGAAUCCAACUCAACUCCAAUAAGCAUUGUCUUCAACUCUUCUGCGUCAUACAUGGGGCAGAAGUUAAAUGAUUUCUGGGCAAAGGGGCCAGAUAUCCUGAACAGCUUACUGGGAAUUUUAUUUAGGUUUAGACCGAAUAAUAUAGCUAUAGCAGGCGACAUAGCUAAGAUGUACCAUACUGUCAAGCUUAGCACAAUGGAUGAACAUACAGAUUUUUAUGAAGGGAUUUGGAUGACAAUAGACCACCUGAUCAGUAUGCUCUUACCACAGUAA